CGAGAAAAGAAAAGCAUAAGCAGAGCGCGCCAGCUCUAGAGAGAGAAAAAACACAUAGAGAAAUAGGUACACAGCAAUGGAGUGAAGAAAGAGAAAAUUCUUUUUUUCUAAUUUUUUUCUAUUUUUCCAGUCAAUUUUCCUCGAGUAAUUCAUCACAUUUUGCGAUUUUGCGGGAAUAAGCUGUGUUACGAUGAGUUUUUUAGGGUUCAAAUCGGCUGUGUUUCAUGGAGAAACGUGUUUAGGAGAGCUGGAAACUGUUCAGGUUAAGGAUCAGAAUUUUCAGUUCCCAAACAACGAGAUACGGAUCCAUCACAUAUCUCAAAACAGCGAACGGUGUCAUCCUCUCUCUGUUCUACAAACAAUUUCAUCACCUGUUCGUUGUAAGCUUGAACCCAACUCGAAUUCGGCGUCGAACGGUUCUGAUCAGUCUCCGUUGAUUAAUCUUCACGCCUCCUGCUUUUAUGAACUCAAGACUGCAGUAGUCUUGCUGGGGGAAGAAGAAAUACAUUUGGUGGCAAUGCCGAGUAAGCAGAAGAAGUUCCCCUGUUUUUGGUGCUAUUUAGUGCCCUUUGGUCUGUAUAGUGCUUGCUUAGGAAUGCUGAAUAUGAGGUGUUUAUCAAUUGUUUUUGAUCUCGAUGAGACUUUAAUUGUUGCUAAUACGAUGAAGUCGUUUGAGGAUAGAAUUGAGGCUUUGCGGGGUUGGGUUGCACGAGAAACAGAUCCAAUUCGGUUGUCUGGGAUGUCCGCUGAGAUGAAGAGAUAUAUAGAGGAUCGUGCAUUGUUGAAGCAGUACUUGGAGAGUGAUUCUGUUGUUGACGGCGGGAAAGUAUAUAAAGCUCAGCAAGAGGAGGUGCUACAAUUAUCUGAAGGGCAAGAGCGAGUAGUUCGUCCAGUCAUAAGGUUGCUGGAAAAGAAUGUGGUUCUUACACGGAUUAAUCCAGAGAAUCGGGAUACCAGUGUGCUAGUUAGAUUGCGUCCUGCUUGGGAUGAGUUGAGAACUUAUUUGACAGCCAGAGGUCGGAGAAGGUUCGAAGUGUAUGUUUGCACCAUGGCGGAGAGAGAUUAUGCAUUGGAGAUCUGGAGGCUACUUGACCCUGGGUCACACCUCAUUAAUGCCAAACAAUUGAUGGACCGUGUUGUAUGUGUCAAAUCAGGGGCCAAGAAGUCUUUACUUACUGUCUUCCAAACUGGCAAUUGUCAUCCAAAAUUGGCGAUGGUUAUUGAUGACCGAUUAAAAGUGUGGGAAGAUAAAGAUCAACCUCGCGUUCAUGUUGUUCCUGCUUUCACUCCAUAUUAUGCUCCACAAGCAGAGAUGGCCAAUGCAGUUCCAGUCCUAUGUGUGGCGAGAAAUGUUGCUUGCGAUGUUAGAGGUCGAUUUUUCAAAGAGUUUGAUGAAAGUCUACUCCGGAAGAUCUCUGAGAUCUUCUAUGAAGAUGAGGUUGUAAAUUUACCUUCUGCACCUGACGUGAGCAACUACUUAAUGUCUGAGGAUGCUUGUUUUUCAUCAUCCGGAAAUCUGAAUGCUCCUAUUCCUGAAGGGAUGUAUGGGCCUGAAGUUGCACAAAGAUUGCAUCAGCAGGUGGAGGGAAAAGUUAAUAUGAACUCUGCUCCUCCUUUCAUCGGUAAUAAUCUUGAUUUGAAGCCUGGAAGCUCACAGCUUCCGGUGGGAAUUGCUGCAAAUGUACCUGCUCAAUCAAUGAGACCAAUUCAACCUUCAGAAAAACCAAGUUUGCUGGGAGCUCCAUUUAGACGAGAUAACAGCUUUUCUGAAGUUGAUGCUGAUGGGAAGAGAAGGUAUCCCAUGUUGAAUCCUAGCCAGGAUUCGAGGUAUCGCGGUUCAGCAGAACCUCCUUUAUUAUCUAGGGUGCCUCAGAAACCACCCAUACUGCCCAUACCAUCGCAGGGUGGAUGGUUGGUGGAAGAUGACCUAAAUAAAGGACAUUUGGGUAGUCGAUCACCUGGGAUUUUUCAAGAAUCUGAUGCAUCAAGGUCUGAUAAACAGAGAGGUCAUCUGAAUUUGCUCAGUCAAGGUGCAACAAGCAUGGUGUUACCAACAUAUGCAUCUACAGGGAAGAAUGAAGAGGCAAAUUUCAAGCAUGAAAUGCAUAAACAAAAUUCUCUUAUUCAACAGACAGAGGGCAGACUCCUUCAACAUCAGUCAACAUUUAACAACAGAGAAUCUCAACCAGAAGCUGGGAGAAUGAACUUCUUACCAUCUUUAACUACUGGGGUGCUGCAAGAAAUUGGACGGCGAUGUAACUCAAAGGUUGAGUUCAGGCCUGUGGUGAGCACCAGUGAGGAAUUGCAAUUUUCAGUUGAGGUCUUCUUCACCGGUGAGAGGGUUGGUGUUGGAAUGGGUAAGACUAGGAAGGAUGCUCAGCAACAGGCAGCUGAGAAUGCUCUUCGUAACUUGGCUGAUAGAUACGUCUCAUACAUUACAUCUCACCCUCGAGUAGUGGAUAAAGACCUCAAUAAGCUUUCAGUGGAAAAUGAAAAUGGGUUCUUGUGGGAGACUGUCAAUCAUGCGGAUGAAUGGUCAGUGGAGGAUAGAGUACCUCAAGUAAAUGUUCCGGAGGUGGGAGUUAAUGGCAAUGCUGCCCAUGACUGAUUGCCCAGUUUUUGAGAACGUGACUGAUCUUUGGCUAAGGGGUGCAUGGAUAUAAGUUUUGGGGAGGAGGGGUUGAGAUUUUCUGGGAUGCACCCCUCCUUGAAUUUUGUUGCAUCAGAGUCGGGAGCAAAACAGGGAAAUGUGAGCUUGUUGGCCUACUUGUUCAUCUUGCAGCAUAGGCCAUGCUUCAUGCUUCUUCUUUUGAGAUGCACCUGAUUCAAACCUUGCUGUGUCGAGAGUAUCCUGAGUUGCUGAACAAGCAUGUGCAGGUACUACUGGUGCAACGAGUCAAAGGGAUUCACCCAGAUCUUAACCACCCUAUCCAAAUCAUGUCCAGAGAGAGAGCUAGCACCACCCAAGUGAUUUUAUAAUGGGAGGUCCUACAGCAGGAAUUUUGACCGGUGUCUCCAGACAGACAGUUUGGUAGCGAAACCACCUUCACAACUAUCUAAUUGGCUUUUUGGUGCCUUCAUAAUUUUUUUCCCGCUAUGCUACAGAGAAUUAUCUUUCCCUUUUACUCUCCUUGGAAAAGUGAUUCCAACAUCUUUUAUGGAAGGGCUUGUUUUUGGUGCCCUAGUUUCAACCAUUGUGUGUGUAAGUAUAUAGUUUCUACCUUGCAGUUUUCUGUUAGCUUCGUAGUAAAGAUAACAAGAUAUUUUUCUAUAGAAACUUGCUGUUCCUUUAUUUGAAAUCUACACAAUCAAUCAUUUAUGCUUCAAUUUCAAAGUUGUUUGA